AUGACUUUACCUGUGUUUGCUGCUCUCUUUCUGCUAAUUGUGGGUUUGAUCUCCCGCUCAGGGUUCAGCGCUAACAAGUCUGAACAGCAGCAGACGCAGUUUAAUUUUGUGGGUAAACUCCUGGGUCCUCGAGGGAACUCAUUAAAGAGACUGCAGGAGGACACGCUGACCAAGAUGUCCAUCCUCGGCAAGGGAUCCAUGAGAGACAAAGAAAAGGAAGAAGAGCUGCGAAAGAGCGGAGAGACAAAGUAUCAUCACCUGAAUGAAGAUCUCCAUGUGCUUAUUGAGGUGUUUGCUCCUCCGGCGGAAGCGUACGCUAGAAUGGGCCACGCUUUGGAGGAGAUCAAAAAGUUCCUCAUUCCGGACUACAAUGAUGAGAUCAGGCAGGCUCAGCUACAGGAGUUGACGUACUUGAAUGGCGGUUCAGAGGACGCCAAAGUCCCAGCGGCGAGAGGCAAAACCACCACACGAGGACGAGGAACAUCAGCGCCGGGAACACACAGGACUAGAGGGGGCGUUCCUCCUCCUCAGGCUGCGGUCCCGCGAGGGGCAGCGCCAAGAGGAGCUCCGCCCAGUAGAGUCCCCUCCAGCAGAGGAGUGGCCGUGUCCUCACGGAGAGCACGAGGAGCUCCGCCCCCACCAGGAUACAGGCCUCCCCCUGCUGUUGUGCAGGACACAUAUGGAGAAUAUGAAUACGAUGAUGGAUACGGAACAGCCUACGAUGACCAGGGCUACGACUCGUAUGACAACAACUACAACAAUCAGGCACAGAACUCAGAUGAUUAUUAUGAAUACGGCAUCAGUGGAGACUCAUACGACUCUUAUGGCCCGGAGGAAUGGACAAACAACCGCAACAAAGCGCCACCAGCAAGAACAAGCAAAGGAGUGUACAGAGAUCAGCCGUAUUCCCGGUUCUGACCUGCUACAGUCCUCAACGUGCCCUCCCAAAGUAAUGGAUUUUCUAUGGACUCUCUUUCCUUUUUUUUUUUUGCAAAUAAAAUCGACCAAAACGACAAAAAACGAUGAAUAAAAAUCCUGUGGAACUGGUGUUACAUGGAUGACCCCCAACAAAUGGAGUAUUACGGAUCAAUGGAUUAUACGCCAUUUAAAUCAGAGAACCAAUCAGAAUAUAAACAGUCCCACUUAUGAUAGAGGGAGGCGGGCACUAGCGAUUAGGGGGCGGAGUUAUAUGGGGUAUACGAUAUUUAGAUUUAGCAGCUCAGUUUUUUUGUAGAUACUUUUUUUUGAUUGGUGAUCAGCUUCAGUGUGUCCCUUGUAAAUUUGACCUUUAAUGAAAGUUAACUAGAAAAAAAAAGGAGAUCUCAGUGCACAUGUUGUUUUCCUUCUUUUCUCUUUUUCUAAAUGGGAAAUUCUUCAGCGUUAAAGGGCUUAUAGGAGCAUGUCGUAUUUCAAAAAAGAAAAAAAGAUGACAAAAAAUAUCUGUGUGCAGUUUCAUUUGCGAUGAGAAAAGCCUGCGUAGUUUUUGUCUGGUUUUUGUGUUGAACAUUUUUAAACCCUUUAAUGAGCUCUGUGGUAGUAAGUGUUUUCUCCUAGCGAGCGAUCUACUUUUAGACCUUCUCACGAACGUCUAAAUCGACAGUUUUGGAUCCAAUUGGAAGUUGGAGUAACACGAUUGUGACUAAAAUCCCUGAUUGAAUUUCACAUUUUGAGUCGAUAUAUGAGAGAUUCCUCCUCAAGUUAAUGACGUUUCUCCAUUUAGAAGUUACUCCUGCACACUUUACUGGGCAAUUCCAAUGCAUUAUAGCACAUUUAAUCCUUUAUAUGGCACUUCAGGCUCUCCAUUAGUAUGUUAUAUACACUGUAAAAAGCAAUUAGUUGACUUUACUUGAAAAAAAGUGAGUAAACCCAUUGCUUUCUGUUGAUUUUACUUUAAAAACUGGGUAAACUUAAAUUUAUUAAGUAAUUGAUCUGGGGGGUGACAUGGUAGCUCAGUGGUUAGCACUGUCACCUCACGGUAAAAAGAUCCCUGGUUCGAGUCCCGGCUGGGCCAGUCGGUAUUUCAGUGUGGAGUUUGCAUGUUCUCCCUGUGUUGGCGUUGGUUUCCUCCGGGUGCUCUGGUUUCCCCUACAGUCCAAAGGCAUGCACUAUAGGCGAAUUAACAAAAUUGGCCACAGUGUGUGUCUCUGCACUGAAACACCAACCGGAUUGUAAAGGAUCUGAACCAGUGACAUUCUUGCUGUGAGGCCACAGUGCUAACAACUGGACCGCCGUGCCACCUUGUAAAGGGGAAGGGCGAGUAAAUCUUCAGGGCAAAGAUAACUGAAGUAAGAAACUCUGGUUAUUUCUAGUAAGUUAGGAAUCAUGUGAUUAAUGAAUCAUGUGUUAGCUGAUGCGGGACCAGCCGUGAUCAAUCAUAAGCAUGUGCUAUUCUCGAAAACUCAAUAUUUAAAAGCUAUAACAGGUUUACUCACUUUUUUAAGUAAAGUCAACUUUUUAUGCAGUGGGUUUACUUGCUUUACUCAAGUUAAGUAAUUAAGAUUUUUUUUACAGUGUGGGUUAAAAUAGCAAUAAAGCAUUAAAAAACAAAAGACUGAACCAAAGCAGUGCUUGUGAUAGGAAUUUAAAGGAACACUCCACUUUAUUUGAAAAUAGACAGACAGAAAAUGAAAAGUUGCUGUUUUCUUGGGCAAUAUGGCUGUUGAUGGAGGAUUUUCAAGACUUGCGCAAUAUGAUUGCACCUUGGUACUGCAGCAAAAUUCCUUUAUUAUUAGACCAGAAUGAGAGUAUAAUGCCUAACCAUAUCUGCCUAGAAAAUUCAAGCUGUAAAUAGGAAAAUUAUUCAAACUUUUCAGUCAUUUUUGAUGAAAUGCUAAUGGUCUAAUCCGAUUCAAUGAAUUAUGCUAAGCUAAGCUAGAAGUGCUCCUGCUAGACCCGGAGAUCGACUGAAUGUAUAGCAAAACUCAACUGUUUAACUCUAUAAGACAGUUGUCCCCAACGUUUUUAACACUGUCAUCGAUUGACAAUUUUACCAUGGACCAGAUGUUUUCAACUGGGGAGUGAGCAUUUUGCUUCUAGUAUGCAUGCCUCCAUUAGAAAUAUUGAACUUGCGUGCCAAGAAAAUGUGAUAUGUUAAUAGUCCUCCACCAACAUUUGCGAUCUACAGCAGUUGGAUUCAGUUGGAAUCACCUGAUUUGUUUACAAAUGGGUUGCGGAUCCAUUCAUUGGCAGUUUAUGGAUCCUUCACUCAAAAAAAAAAAGUUUUUUUUUUUUUUACUUGUUU